AUUUUACCUCAUCUUUCUUCUUGACUACAAAUAUUUCCCCUCUACUCUCUACUUUGCAUUUGACGUCUCAUAGUCUUUCUCGCCAUCCCUCCUCUCUUUCUAUCGGCAUCCAGUCUCUAUUGUGACAUUACUAUAACACGGCAUCCCAAUUCAUACAAUUAGAGGAAUAAAUAAAUUAAAAAAGAUGGUUCUUGCACGAGCAGUUUUCGGUGGCAUCCAGCGCCGAGCGUUCUCGGCCUCGGCGCGAAAUCUCUCCAAGGUCACAGUCCUUGGCGCCGCUGGCGGCAUUGGCCAGCCAUUGUCCCUCCUUCUCAAGCUCAACCCCAGAGUAACCGAGCUUGCUCUAUACGAUAUCCGUGGUGGUCCUGGUGUUGCUGCUGAUAUCUCCCACAUCAACACUAAGAGCACAGUCAAGGGCUUCGACCCCACACCCACCGGUCUAGCCAACAGCUUGAAGGGCAGCGACAUUGUUCUCAUUCCUGCUGGUGUUCCCCGAAAGCCUGGCAUGACCCGUGACGAUCUCUUCAACACCAACGCCUCCAUCGUCCGUGACCUCGCCAAGGCCGCCGCCGAAACAUGCCCGGAAGCCAACCUCCUCAUCAUCUCCAACCCUGUCAACUCCACUGUCCCCAUCGUAGCCGAGGUCUUCAAGGCACGUGGCGUCUACAACCCUAAGCGUCUCUUCGGUGUCACCACCCUCGAUGUUGUCCGCGCUAGCCGGUUCGUUAGCGAGAUCAAGGGUACCGACCCUAAGGACGAGAAGAUCACCGUUGUCGGUGGUCACUCCGGCGUCACUAUCGUUCCCCUCUUCAGCCAGAGCGGUCACCCCGACCUGACGUCUAACGCCGAACUCGUGAAACGCGUCCAGUUCGGCGGCGACGAGGUCGUCAAGGCUAAGGAUGGCGCUGGCUCUGCUACUUUGUCCAUGGCCAUGGCCGGUGCCCGCAUGGCCGAAUCGCUUCUCCGCGCCGCCCAGGGUGAGAAGGGUGUCAUCGAGCCUACCUUCGUGGACAGCCCUCUUUACAAGGAUCAAGGCAUCGAAUUCUUUGCCUCCAAGGUCGAGUUAGGUCCUAAUGGAGUCGAGAAGAUCCUUCCCGUCGGUGAGGUCGACAGCAACGAGCAGGCACUUUUGGAGGCGUGCCUUGGUGACUUGAAGAAGAACAUUGAGAAGGGUGUCGCCUUUGUUGCCGCGAACCCACCCAAAUAAGCCGUCUAAAUCUAGGCUUUGGCGAUAGUAAGGUACCUACAUAAAGAAUCUCUGAAGCGAGGAAAAGUCAUUUUUGCCGGUUCAGAUGAUACAGGCUACAUUUAGUCAUACAAACCCUAGAGAGGGCUGAAGCUUCCACGGGUUAUCUCGUGGGAAGACGUGAUAUGCUUUGGUACCUCGAGAGCUGUACGAUAUUAAAUUUCAAAAGAAAGAAAAGAAAGAUAUGAUCUGAUGACACUUCCCUCCUCCUAUUACUAUAUACCCCUAAUUAUACUCAUUAAGCCGUAUUAAUUGGUCUAGUAUGAAAAGCAACUCACCCAUCUGCAAGAG